CUUCCCUUAUCUCCAUUCGCAGUUCACACACUCUCCAUGGCCACUUAUCUCUCAUCCCUCAACGCAGCAGCUACUACUACGACCACUACUGCUGCAAGCUGCCAUGGCUUCUCCGGCGGCGGCCGCCUCCAACCACGGCCAAGCCGAAGAACGCUACUCGUGACAUGCCAAGCGUCCAGGAGAUCAGCCUGCCUCCGCCUCGGCCUCGCAGUCGUCCUGCUCCAGUCGCACGAUGUCGCCCGCGCUGCCGAUGACGACGAGCCGGAGCCGGCCAACAACGGCUGGUGGCUCACCGAGUUCCCCUUGCCCGUGCCCAAAAUUCUCAACAAGGAGAUCAACAACCCGGAGACGGGGACGCGGUCGUUUCUGAAGAACGGCAUCUACAUGGCGGACAUCGGGCCAAGCUUCGCGGCGCACGCGUACCGGCUGCGCAGCACGGCCUUCGACCUGCUGGCGCUGGAGGACCUGCUCGGCAAGGACGCCUCCAACUACGUCAACAAGUACCUCCGCCUCAAGUCCACCUUUAUGUACUACGACUUCGACAAGCUCAUCACCGCCGCCGACGACAAGAGGCCCUUCAUCGACCUCGCCAACCGCCUCUUCGACAGCUUCGAGAGCCUGCAGCAGGCCGUCACCGCCAAGGACGACCCAAAGAUAAGCGACCGCUACGCGGACACCAAGGUCAUCCUCCAGGAGCUCAUGGCAAGGAUGGCCUAGCAGUAGCACAAACUCUCCAGUGCAAUUUGAACUGAUAAUGUAGACACCAGUGUCGUUACAAUUCACAAAUCAGGCAAUACGAUUAUCAUGUGAUGCUAA